GUUUUUUUUUUAUUUCGAUCCCUCCUCGAUCGAUGGAUGGAUGCGUUUCUUGUUCUGGCUGCGACUCUCACGGCUUUUGUUCAAAACUCGAUCGUUCGCUCUUGUGCCCUUCUUCUCUCCCCCUCUGCUUCCCUCGUCUACACCUACAACUCUGUACCUCGCCUCUCCCUUUGCUCCCCUCUCUCUUCCUACUUCUUCCACUCUCACUCUCUCUAGUAAGAAGCAUCGUACAUCGGUAUAUAUAUAUACCUCUUGCUUCUUCUCAAUCCGCCUCCAUCCUUAUCCUUGUGCCGUCGCCCGUCUCUCGUUUGUGCAAAGCAGAGCGAUAUCGCUGUCCGGCAACCGUGCAUGCAAGUCGGCGCCAUCUGAGAUUGGCUUGAUUUCGAUCCCGCUGAGAUUUCCACCACCCUGCGGCUUAGCUCCCCCGCCUGCGCGACACAGCAGCCACUUCACACAACUGCCGUCUAUAUGCCCAUGCAAUAGAGCUCGUUUCCGGCACAUUCACUCGACAAGUUGGAGGACGAAAAGAUAGCAAAAAAAACAACUAGAAACAACAAGCCAC